AUGCCGCCCUCACCCGUGGGCGACCCUGGAGUGUUCUUCAACGGUGCCAACGUCCGGCAGGUGGACGUGCCCACGCUGACCGGAGCCUUCGGCAUCCUGGCGGCCCACGUGCCCACGCUGCAGGUCCUUCGGCCAGGGCUGGUUGUGGUGCAUGCAGAGGACGGCACCACCUCCAAAUACUUCGUGAGCAGUGGUUCCAUCGCCGUGAACGCCGACUCUUCCGUGCAGUUAUUGGCAGAAGAGGCGGUAACGCUCGACAUGUUGGACCUGGGGGCAGCCAAGGCGAACUUGGAGAAGGCCCAGGCGGAGCUGUUGGGGGCAGCUGAUGAGGCCACUCGGGCAGAGAUCCAGAUCCGAAUUGAGGCCAACGAGGCCUUGGUGAAGGCCCUGGAGUAGGCGAGCCAGCCGCCAAGGUCCACCUCGGCUUCGGAGCCACCUCUCUGGAUGAGCUGCCCCCAGCCCCCGCCCCAUUAAAGACCGGGAAGCCUGA